AUGGGGGGGAACGGCCAAAACGGGGAAAUCAAGGUAUCGGGGCGGGGAAAAGGGCGAAUUUGGUUAUUUGGGGUCAAGGAAAAACGCUGGCGGGCUCGUAUUCCCGAUAAAACCGCUCCGGGACUCGCUUUUCAGGUAGCCCGCACCGGCGAAAAAGCCAGGGAUUGGGUGAAAACAUUAAGGUUCGGCCCUCAAAGUUCACAGUGGUCAGCGCAGUGUAAACACGUCGACCCACACACACCACUCCGCCAUAACCACAUCUCUCGAGCUCGCUGUAGACACAAGAGCUUCCGUCACCCGCAUCCAUCUCACAGACACAGACACACACCCACACAUUCACGCAUCACCAGACCCACAAGAACCGCCACAAUGGAAGAUUCAGACGUGCUGAUGAGAGAUAUCAACGACGACGGACUCAAGCCCAUGGACGCCAUGGGAGCCGGGGGCGAAGGGACGUUCACAGAACUGACACCCACAACCCGCGGCCAGCUGGACGCCUGGAUCGCACGACUGACCGAAUGCCAGCCUCUCAGCGAAGACGACGUCAACGAGCUGUGCAACAUGGCCAAGGGGGUGUUGCAGAAGGAGGAAAACGUGCAGCCCGUGCACGCGCCGGUGACCAUCUGUGGAGACGUGCACGGCCAGUUCCACGACCUGAUGGAGCUGUUCAAAAUCGGCGGGCCGUGUCCAGACACAAACUACCUGUUUAUGGGAGACUACGUGGACCGAGGCUACUACUCGGUCGAAACGGUGUCCUAUCUGGUGGCCAUGAAGGUGCGAUACCCCAACCGACUGACCAUUCUGCGAGGAAACCACGAGUCGCGACAAAUCACCCAGGUCUACGGCUUCUACGACGAGUGUCUGCGAAAGUACGGAAACGCCAACGUGUGGCGAGCCUUCACGUCGCUGUUCGACUACUUCCCCGUCACCGCCCUGGUGGAGAACCAAAUCUUCUGUCUGCACGGAGGCCUGUCUCCCAUGAUCGAGUCCAUCGACAACAUCCGAGAACUCAACCGAUUCCAGGAGGUGCCCCACGACGGCCCCAUGUGCGACCUGCUGUGGUCCGACCCCGAUGACCGAGGAGGAUGGGGAAUGAGCCCCCGAGGAGCCGGCUUCACCUUCGGUGCCGACAUUUCCGAACAGUUUAACCACACAAACAACCUGAGUCUCAUUUCAAGAGCACACCAGCUGGUCAUGGAAGGCUUCAGCUGGGCACACGAGCAGCAGGUGGUCACCAUCUUCUCCGCCCCCAACUACUGCUACCGAUGCGGAAACCAGGCCGCCAUCAUGGAGGUGGACGAAAACCUCUCAAACUCCUUUUUGCAGUACGAUCCUUGUCCCCGUCCCGGAGAGCCCUCCGUGUCUCGACGAACCCCCGACUACUUCUUGUAG